GGUAUGUAAAGAAUAUAAACUAGAGAUGGCUCUUCUUGUCGGGUUUCAGCUGGGCUUCAUACUUUGUUAUUUUAUUUCGAAAUACAAAUUUACCGAGAUUCAUCCGAAAACUUUCCACGUGUUUAUGAAUCAUUGCCAUGACUCAUUGCCUCCCACAAGUUCUUCACACUUAAUAUCAAGACACUCGCGGGGCUGGACGUAUGAUAUGGAUGUUCUUGAUUUGAUGGUUGGAGUACGUGAGGUGCAGGCCCUGGACAGGGAUUUAAGACCUGUCUGGAGGGAGUCUGGCAUGCCUUGUCCUGUGGCAUCAUGUGGUACAGACAUGAUCUACACCAAGUACAGGAAUCUGGUGGCGCAUUGGGUGCAAAUUCAUCGUCCCUACAUCAGGAAGUAUCCUUGCUGUGUUGGCACCUGUGCCAAGAUGGUUAUCAACAAGAAGCAGCUUCGGAGGCACAUGACAAGAUCUCAUCAUCUACCUGUUGAUGUGGCCAGGACCAAUGUUGGCAGGUGUCAAGGUUCUAUGAAGUCCAAUUAUCGGUACAUCUCACCAGGGGAGGCUCAACUUCCUGUGGCUGAGGUUUCUCCGCCGUAGGGAGGCUGCAAAUGUGGCAAGUGUGGAAGGUGUGAAUCUCUUCCCAGGAGUACACCAAUCACGGGACGAGACCGUCGACGUGGACAUCGAGGGAGAUGAGGUCAAGGUCACAACCUAUGUGAGGGGAUGGGGGCAAGACCACACCCCCUUGUAAAUACUGACUGUUAUAUACCCUGUUGGACGUGGUGUCACUUGUAAUUUUUUUGUGUACAUGUGUUAGAUAAAUUAUUAAUAUGGAUGCAGCUGUGCUAACGCGUCGCGUGUGGUGUGUGUGGACCCUGAUGUCGCGAUCAGUUGGACUUGGACAAUAAUUUUUGAUUAUGAAAUAAUUGCCAUUUGUUUUAAUGGCGUGAUUAUGUUUGAAUUAAGUAACACUUUGAUACAUUUUUAUAUAUUAUAUUAUAUUGUUACCGUUAUAUAUUUACUUGAAUGUGUGUUAGUCGUUUACAUAUUCCUGAUUACAUACUGAGGCAGCACUUAGAUUUUUAGGUUUUAGGUUUUAGGUUGACAUUGGCCUAUUUUUCAAAGGGGGGGGGGGGGGGGGGGGGGAGUGUAGCAGGAAUGAAUAGUGUAGGUUAUAUAUAUUAGAACAUACCUCGUGUUUCACUGAGCGUCGUUAGUUAUAUACCGGAAGUAUAUCUACUUCCGCUAAUCUAUUCUUCCGUAAUCGUUAUGUAAUCUUAGCUCUCAUUGGUUAGUUAUUGUGUAUUGUUGGCUAGAGUAUAAAUAGCGUCUGCACGUGUAUUUCGAUAGCCAGACGGAUGCGUUUAGUCGCAGGUCAGCUCAUUCUUUAGCUUCUUCUCUCUCUCUAACUCUAACUGUGAUGUAGUAGUGUAGGGUACUUUGUAUUAUUAACAUUGUAGUCACAUAUUCUGUGGAACCGGGAUGGGGUGGUUUAUUACACACACAUCUGUAUACCGGUAGGCGAAGUUGUAAGUAGCUACUGAGUAGGACAGGGUUAUAUACUAGGUGAUAGGAUAGUAAGGGUACGUAUAUUUCUAGGUAUUAUUGUUUGUAUUUGCGUAUGUAUAAACUCGUCAAAUGUCCACGGGGUAUAAUAAAUGUGUUAUUGAAUGUU